GAACUCUCGCCCUUGCUGGCCACCAAUGAAUACCUACCAGCCUCCCCUACCACUACUACCACCAUUUCCGCACAAUUACCAGCCACAAGAAAGCUUGACAGUUCCACCUCCGGCUUCCUAUACCUCUGGCGUGCACACUUCCCCAGGCCCAAAUAGCCCCGCCUGCUCUGGAAGUCAACCUGAUCCUCAGAUUCCACCAUUUCUCUUACCACCUUUUCCCGGGGACUUCCAGAUGCCGCACGUAUUGGACUCUCGACAGACUCCUCAGAACCAAGUGCCCAACAAUAGUCACCGGGCUCCGGCGUACCAGCCCCCAACAGCCCCAUUUCAAGACACUCAGCCCCUACUAAAUCCGUACGAACAGCAGCUGCCAUUGCGUGUUGACAACCCGUACCCUGUAAAGCAAGAGCCCUGGCCACCAUUUCUACAAAGACACAUUCCACAAUCAUCUUCAGUCUCUUCCAUGCGCUCUACUACUCCCUCCACUCCGCCAUCAAGAUCUAGCAGCCGACGAUCCUCCUUCACGCCCUCAUCUUUCGAUGAUGACAGCUACAGCAGGCCUCCAAGGCGUCUCGGAGAUUUUCGGUCGCGAUACAGAAAUUCCCUCGAGCAAAGACGGGUGGGCAGUCCCGCCAGUUCGCAGUAUCGUCCAGAGCUCCGGAGUACGUACUCUGCAAGGCCUCAGAACGAAGAACCUGAAUGGGCUGGACAGCGUCCAAGAACACCGCCACAUCUUCACUUUCAACAGCACCCCAACUUUCGGCCGCCUCCUCCUCCAACUAGUCGUCGUGCGAGACCUGAUCUAAAUCUCCCUGAUCCGUCCACGAAUAGUGUGUUGGGACGAAUUAGGGAUACGAGCGCGCAAAGGAAUGAGCGACUGAAGAUGGAGGGGCGAGAAUGGAAGAGACAGAGGCGGAAUUGGGGUCCUUCGAGGUGAAUUCGGUCUCAAGUGAUAGUGCGCAUAUUACUCCAUCUUCUUUUCUUCCUGACGAAUUAGACAAGGUCGAGAGAGCGAGCUUCCAACGUCGACUUCCUCUAUCCGAUUUGACGUACAAAAGCAUAUGUAACAUGGCUCCAGUUUUUUCGAAAGAUUGCCUCGAUAUCAAUACAAGCAAUUAGUUAGUCAAUCAACACAAUGCCUCUCCAUCUCCUCCUUGAUCUACCUCUUUUCCUCUACCGGCGUCCUCGAACCAAGACUAGGGAUGCAAUUUCUGCGUUGAGCGGCAUCCUCAGAUACGCUUUUUAGACGUGGGACUUGAUAUUCUGUUGGCUUUGACGAUCGCCGCCAGUCGUGCGUACGCCUUUUCAUC